GAUGAAACACCAGCAAAGAGUGGAAGAGUUUUAUCAGUGUAUGCAAAUCAUUCAGAGCUGCUUCCACCCAGAGAAACUCACCACUCCACUGGAAGAAGAAGACCUCUAUCUGAUAUACAGCUCCAGUUCCACUGACAGUAACAGGAAUCCAGCUGAGCCAGGUAGAUAAUGGCGUGGGUGUUGGCUCCGCUCCUGUUGGCUGUCCUCCUGACUGAGACGUCUGCCUCACUGUCAACUUCAGUAGGGACAGAGCAGGCCUCUCCAUGCCCACCUCGGUGGCUCCUGUUUGGGCAGAGAUGCUUCUCUUUCUACCCCGUGUGGAGCUCCUGGACCGACGCUAAUUCUUUGUGCUCUCAGGAGGGAGGUAACCUGGCGUCGCUUCACACACCAGAGGAGAGGCAGUUUGUCCAUCAGCUAGCAAACACACACAUCCCUGUGUGGCUCGGUGGAUUCAAGGCACAACAGGGCUCCUGGUUUUGGAGCGAUGACUCCGCCUUCAGGAUCAGUGGUUGGACCAAUCAGACGCAGGGAAAGGCAGGAGGGGGCGGGGCUUGCUUGGUAAUUUCACCAAAAAGUGGAGAGCUGCACAGCGCCCCCUGUGGAGAGCUCAGGUUCUACAUCUGCUCCACCACAGCCAGCUCCAGUCCCACCGACUCCCCCCGCAACAGGAAACCAGUCGAGCCAGGCAUCGUCUCUAACGUGAGUCUGUUUGACGUUGUGUGGGGUCACAGCGACAUGUUGGCGGAGGUGAUUCUCCGAUCGUCCCCCUUACUUGAGGAGCUCCGGUCUGGUCAGCUGAUGCAGCGCUGCUACGCCAACUUCAUCCGGCAGGAGGCGCUCUAUCUGCACCGAGUCAGCAGCACGCUGGAGGCCCUGAUUGUUCGUUUACAGGAAGCGGAUGACGUGAGAUCACUGCUGAUGGACACACUGAAACACUACAGCAGCAGAAACCAGAGCCUCCUCGCUUCGCCUCCCCCACCGUGGCUCGUCUUCUCCCUCCAGUCGUUCCACUCGGUGGUCCUGGAGGAGCCAGUCUACUGGCUGGUGGCUCUGUUGGCCCGGGCCUGCCUCCGUGACUUCCUGGCCGCGGAGCUGCUCUCCUCUGGCCUCCAGCUGGUGCCUGCAUGGUCCAAUGUUAAAUCCGUCGGCCUCUACCAGGAGUGGAAUAGAGACACUCUGAGGGAGGUCACAUGGACACGCAGGUACAGGAAGGUGAUAGAGGAACGCAAGCAUCACAUGGACACGUAUAAAGCCAUAAACAUCUUCAGAGAGCACAUGAAGAACCAGAAGAGUUUCUACAAGGCUCUAGCCUGUGAUGAAGAGGAGGAGGAGGAGAGCCAGGUGGAGCUACUGAUGAAGAGAAAAGCCGUACUCUGAGACGGAGCUCUCCAGCAGGAUGAAGGAAAUCUCUCUACAUGUUGUGUAGUAACCAAACCUCAUGCAAACAACGGGGAAUUUAAGCAGCUUGUUUAGAGUGAUGAGGUAAAAACCACUGAAGAUGUCCUCACAAUGUUUACUGUAUAAUGUUUGCAUCUAUUUUCAUUUCUGAAAAUGUUUUCCUUUAACUGAAUGUCUUGAAUGCAGCAUGUUUAUCAUCAGUCUACUGGGAUAAUCUGCGUCUGUGAUGUGAAUUCAGUAUAAAGUCAUGUUUCCGUUGACAACGUUCUGUUGAGUUUAUAAUAAAAUGUUAAUAAAGUUAAUUAAUUUCUCCUCCAUGUGAUCACACAGACAGCUGUCUGUCUCCCCCUACAGGCCACAACAUGACACUACACUCAGUUUAUAAAUACAAACAAUACUACUGCAGUAUUUCACCUAGUACUACUGAUACUACUCUCACUUUACUAUUACCACUACUUCUUAAACUUCUACUACUACCACCAAUGCUUCUACUGC